GCCGGACGUCACGAGUGCGCCAGGUAUAGGUCGGCGACGUGAUCGCGGAGCUCUCCGGCCAGCCAGUGGCGGUCCGGACGUUCGUCGUGUGUCAUCUUCACGAGUGUACGCGUCCCGCGCAACGAUCACGUGUCUCACGAUCGAGUUUUAUAACGCCGAGCCCGAUCAACACGCGCCCGCUAGUUUUUUUUUUUAUACAAAAAUUAUUUCAUGUAAUAUUUUUGUUAUUAUUACCGCCAUCGUCGUUUAUAUUUUAUACAUUAUCAAUUUUUUAUUUAAUACUUUCGCACACUCGUCGUGUUUCUGCCGCCGAAGUACGUAAACGCCAACACACACGCACAUGAGAUAAUAUUAUAAAAUAUUAUUAUUAUAUAGUGUUGUCAUGACGAUUUUUUUCUCGAUCUCGGUGUAAAUCGGAUUUGUGUGCGGUCUCUCGUUGUGCAUUUUUCUACCGCCUCUCGAGAGUACAACAACAUUAUAGCAUCAUAUUUUAUACGAUACGAGAUAAUAUUAUUAUACUUUGAGCGUUGUUGUGACUUACCUACCGUAAUAAUAUUAUUUUCGAUGAUGUACGGCUGCCGUCGUGAAGUUUCGCCCGUUUGCUCUCGAAAAUCGCACGUUUUCUGCUGUCGUCGGAUUCGUGUCGUCAAUAAAUAACAGAAAGAAAACCCAGGUUUCAGCAGGUCACCGUGUUUGUGCGCGUGCGUCGUUUUGCGGUGAUUGAACGUCUGUUCGAUUAGCUGCACGAAUGACUAUGGCUGAGGUGGAAAUGGAGCCGCCGACAGACAGGGCGAGCCGGUCGACGAUCUACAAGACCAACAACAACCAUCCGCUGGCCACGAACAACAACAACCACCUGCACCACGUUCCCAGCACGCGUCCUGUAGUCGUCAAACACAAAAAGCGGAAACGCCUGAACCAAGUGCUCGACAGGUUGGCCGGCCAGGCGACUUCGCCCAACAAUAACAACAACAACAACAACAACAACAACAACAAUAAUAACAACAACAACAUCGAAAUCGAUGUCGUCGCCGUGAAAGAAGACGAGUCGACAAUCAAGGACGGCGGUGGAUCAGUGACCGCCAUGGUGGUGGUGGACGGCGGCCACGGCGAUGCGAUCGUCACGAACGGCAUCGGGUACGAUAGCGACGAGUCUCUGCGGAGGUCGUCGUGCAAAGACUACGAGGAGCCGUUCAGCCCGGCCGGGUCGUCGUCGUGCAACCGGUCGCCGCGCAGCUCGCACACCGACUCACCAUUCAGCCCGAACCGGACGAGACCGGACGACCCGCCGGCGCCGCACCCACACACUACCGCACAACCGCCGCUGCAGCAGCAGUUUCACCCGCCGCCGACGCUGCCGCCGCACCCGUUGCACCACUAUCUGAAGUACCCGAAGUGCAAUUGCCUGUUCUGUGGCGGCGACGGCACCUCGCCUCCCCGACACCCUCUGCCGCCGAUGCUACCGCCCCCACCGCAGCAGCAGCACCUGCACAGGGACAUGCAUCACGACAAGAACCCACAGCAGACGCCCGUUACGCCUAUGUCGCCGGCGUCGCUGUUGGCUGGUUCGAUGUACACAUUCGAACACUACCUGCACACCAAGUACCUGCCCGACAUUUUCCGGAAGCGGCGGAGUCACUCCGACUCCGAUGUUCCUAUGUGGUUUGAAGCGACCAAAGCCGAACACUGCAGCAGCGGUGGUAAUGACGACUCUACCGCGUCGACGGCCGCGGCUGUCCGGGUGACCGCGUCGGCUGCAGCCGCGAGUGUUGGUCGGAGGGGCAAAAGGCCGUUCUCAGUGCCGCAUCCACUGGACAAGCCGGCUCGGAAGAGGGGCCCUAACUCCGGAUGCAAGUCGUCCGGGCCGCCUCCACCUCAACCGCCACAAGACUGCCCGCUCGACCUCUCCAUGAAGAACGGUGGUUGUUGGCCGUUUACCGCGCCCCAACCACCGGCGGCCGAACAGCUCACCACCAUCUCCAACGCCGCGUCGACGCCGUCUCCCCCGCUCCCGGCCACCGCCUCUUCGACUACUAGCCCGCAGGCAACGUCAGUGGUGUCGGUGGGCUACUACAGCCGGCCCGGGAGCGCGGGUGGUUACACCGUACCCGUGGUCAAAGGCGACGUGGCGUCGCGCACCACCAAGGCGUCGGUGGCCGUCCGGUACAACCUAGAAGUGUCACCCGUGGUCGAGGAGAUGCCCGUCGGCUCGGACGUGGCGUACGUGUGUCCGGUGUGCGGGCAGAUGUUCAGCCUGCACGAUCGACUUGCCAAGCACAUGGCGUCGCGGCACAAGACCUCGGCGUCGUCGUCGUCGUCGCCCGGCUCCGGGACGGCGGCGUCCUCGUCGUCGGAGAACGGCGGUGACUCGUCCGGCGGCACCGCCAAAGCGUACCCUUGCGAAGUGUGCAACCGGUCGUUCGCGCGGAGCGACAUGCUCACUCGGCACAUGCGGCUGCAUACAGGCGUCAAGCCGUACACGUGCCGCGUGUGCGGCCAAGUGUUCUCGCGGUCCGACCACCUGAGCACGCACCAGCGCACACACACCGGCGAGAAGCCGUAUAAAUGUCCGCAAUGUCCGUACGCCGCGUGCCGCCGAGACAUGAUCACGCGGCACAUGCGCACCCACUCCCGGUACGAGAUGGUCUCGUCGUCUUCGGCGUCCGGCGCCGCGGCCAUGGCGGCCGCGCUAGGCCUGGACCCGCCGUCACCCACCUCGCCCACCGGCGGCCAACUGUUGCUGUCGCCCCCGCUCGAGGUCCUCUGCAAGUCCGAACCUCAGUAGCGGUGUGGUAGGUCCAUCGCGCGGACGGUCUUGAUAUUUUUAUUUGUAGAUUGGCGUGUCACUUUUGUAUAAUGAUAUUUUAAUAGUAAAAUAUGUUAAUAAUUAUUUAUUAAAAUGUAAAUCGUAGCUGAUAAUAUUAUUAUUAUUAUGAUUGUAUGUACAUUUUUUAGUCUUAAGAACGAUUACACACACACACAACCACACUAUAAACGUGCGCACACAGCUUUUUGUCAAAACCAAAGAUAAAAUUAUAAUAAGUCUUAUGCGUAUGUAUAUGUAUAUUAUUAUUAUUAAUUUAAUUAAUUGUUUAUUCGUUUGCCGAAACGAUUAAAAUAAUAUGUUUUUCGUAUACAUCAUAAUACUAUUAUUAUGCAUGUUAUAAUAGAUGAUAAUAAUAUUAUAUUAUUUUAUUAUCGUGAUACUCUUCUCGGGUAUUACGUAUUGUUGAUAUUAUUAUUUUGUAUACAUUUUUCUUUUCGUUUCGUCCGUCGACGAUAUACGACUCGACUUGUUGUCUUACUACUUCCGUGUCUCGUCGCACACCACGAAAAAAUAUUUCUCGUAUUUAUUAUAAAUAUAUUAUUUAUUUUCGUAAAUCGACAAUCAUCCGUCGUCGCGUGUAGUCUUCGUAUAUCGACGAUGACACAGAACACGUCCGUCGUACGCUCGCGCGUCGUCAUAUUUUUUUCUACUCUAAUUAUUUUGUAAGCAAGUGUAAACAGGGUGUGUGAUACUAUUAUUUUGUAUAUUAUUAUGUAUUAUGUACCGCGACGUGCCAUCCUAUGUAAGUUCGUUUUUUAUUACCAUUUUUUUUUUCGUUUUUGUACCAUUGUUAUCGUCGCGAGAUUUUCCGGCUUGGUUUUCGAUGCAUUCGGGUCGUCCUGCAGCUAACUUACACAGUCAUCCGUCAUUAUUCGUAUAAUAAUAUAAUGUUAGUAUAUUGUUUUAAUUUUUUGUUACUCAUCGCCGAAGCGAAUAUUUGCUCAAAUUUAAUAACGAUAUGUCCCCAUAUAUUAUGAUUAUGAUAUACCUGAUUACGGGGAAAUAACGUUCAGCGACUAACGGGAAAAGAGAAACAUCGCGAAAUCGAUAUGCGAAGCGACUGUUAUUAUUAAUUUUUUUUUUUUCGUAAUCGUUUGAAGCGUGUGGUUCGUCGUCCGGUAAAAAAUCAAAGUUUUUUUUUACGUGUACGCGUUUUCCGCCUCUGUCGUUCCAAUAAAAAUUACAACGGGAUGAAUAAAAAACGUAAAUACUUUAUCACGAAAACCGCAUAUCUUUCGAAUUAGUUUUCUUUCCGAACGAGAUUAUACAACGUCAUAUCAUAUUAAUAUUAUGUUUAGAAUAGAAUAUUAUCAUAAAUAUUAUAUUAUACGGACGAUUGAAUUAUUAUUACUAUUCAUAUAAUAUAAUACUAUUUUUAUUGUAAUAUUUAUAAUACACAAAACGUGCAAGAUGUGAUAGAAACGAAAUGUUAUAAAACCGUCGCGAGAUAGUGAUACGGAAAACGGUAAAACAGGGACAUAAUAUUAUUAUUUUUUAUUUGUAUAAAACAUAUAACCUAUAUAUAUAUAUAUAUGUGUGUGUGUGAUGUAAGCUACUCUCGCGCAUAUAUAUUCCUAUUCGGACCGUAUAUAAUAUCAAUUGAAAACCGUAAUUUUUUUUCUUCGCAAUAGUGAACGACGCAAAAAGAUUGUCCGUGAAAAAAACCAAUUAUAAAUUUUUUAUUUUUCCAUUACAAUAUACCUAAUGUAACACUAUAUUUAUAUGUACCUAUGAAUAUAAUAUAUAUUUAUAUGGUACUAUCCACCUAUGUGAAACGUACGCGACGCACCUGUAAACGAUUUUUUUUUAUUUUCGAAUUUAUAUAUAUAUAUAGGUACAGCGUAGUAUAAUGAUAUGUGUCGUCCUAUAUCCGUGUAUGUCUAUUUUUAUUUUUACUAAAGUGCGACGCGUGAACCUCUCCGCGUCGUCGUAAUAAUGUUAAGCUUUGCUCAAAUCCAUGUGUUAAGAGAAGACCGAUAGAAAUCGUAUAAGAAUUGCAACGUAACGUUUGUACGAUGUUUCUAUCGGUUUUUCCAUAAUUUUUUUUUAAUGAAAAUUUUUUUUUGCAUAUUUUUUGUGUACCGUCGUAAUAGUCUUUUGUAAUAUUAAAUGAACCUAAUAAUAAUAUUAUAUGUCUGUGCCGCUCUGUGUUUGUUUACGCGAGACGAAAUUGAAAAAAAAGUUCUAUUAAAUAUAUUUAUAAGAAAAAA